CAGUUUACAAUUUGCUAUGGAUCUGGCUGGUGAAUUAAAAAAAAAUGUCCCUGAUGCAUGGAAAGACAUCGCAAAUCAAAUCAAAUUGCCAUAUGAUUCCAAAAUGAAUUAUCACCCAGAAUAUGAUGGAUACACAAUUGGUAAAUCUAAAUGCUGAAUUAAUUUUGUAGAUUAAGAUGUAGAUGUGUUUUUUGUAUAGCAUCAUCUACAUAUGCAAGAAAAAAAUAUGUGAACCAUUUGGAAUGAUAUGGAUUUCUGCACAAAUUGGUCAUAAAAUGUGAUCUGAUCAUCAUCUAAGUCACAACAAUAGACAAUCACAGUCUGCUUAAACUAAUAACACACAAAGAAUGAAAUGUUGCCAUGUUUUUAUUGAACACACCAUGUAAACAUUCACAGUGCAGGUGGAAAAAGUAUGUGAACCCCUAGACUAAUGACAUCUCCAAGAGCUAAUUGGAGUGAGAUGUCAGCCAACUGGAGUCCAAUCAAUGAGAUGAGAUUGGAGGUGUUGGUUACAGCUGCCCUGCCCUAUAAAAAACACACACCAGUUCUGGGUUUGCUUUUCACAAGAAGCAUUGCCUGAUGUGAAUGAUGCCUUGCACAAAAGAGCUCUCAGAAGACCUACGAUUAAGAAUUGUUGACUUGCAUAAAGCUGGAAAGGGUUAUAAAAGUAUCUCCAAAAGCCUUGCUGUUCAUCAGUCCACGGUAAGACAAAUUGUCUAUAAAUGGAGAAAGUUCAGCACUGCUGCUACUCUCCCUAGGAGUGGCCGUCCUGUAAAGAUGACUGCAAGAGCACAGUGCAGACUGCUCAAUGAGGUGAAGAAGAAUCCUAGAGUGUCAGCUAAAGACUUACAAAAGUCACUGGCAAAUGCUAACAUCCCUGUUAGCGAAUCUACAAUACGUAAAACACUAAACAAGAAUGGAUUUCAUGGGAGGAUACCACAGAGGAAGCCACUGUCCAAACAAAACAUUGCUGCACGUUUACAGUUUGCACAAGAGCACCUGGAUGUUCCACAGCAGUACUGGCAAAAUAUUCUGUGGACAGAUGAAACCAAAGUUGAGUUGUUUGGAAGAAACACACAACACUAUGUGUGGCGAAAAAAAGGCACAGCACACCAACAUCAAAACCUCAUCCCAACUGUGAAGUAUGGUGGUGGAGGCAUCCUGGUUUGGGGCUGCUUUGCUGCAUCAGGGCUUGGACAGAUUGCUAUCAUCGAAGGAAAAAUGAAUUUCCAAGUUUAUCAAGACAUUUUGCAGGAGAACUUAAGGCCAUCUGUCUACCAGCUGAAGCUCAACAGGACAAUGACCCAAAGCAUAGAAGUAAAUCAACAACAGAAUGGCUUAAACAGAAGAAAAUAUGCCUUCUAAAGUGGCCCAGUUAGAGUCCUGACCUCAACCUGAUUGAGAUGCUGUGGCAUGACCUCAAGAAAGCGAUUCACACCAGACAUCCCAAGAAUAUUGCUGAACUGAAACAGUUCUGUAAAGAGGAAUGGUCAAGAAUUACUCCUGACCGUUGUGCACGUCUGAUCUGCAACUACAGGAAACAUUUGGUUGAAGUUAUUGCUGCCAAAGGAGGUUCAACCAGUUAUUAAAUCCAAGGGUUCACAUACUUUUUCCACCUGCAUUGUGAAUGUUUACAUGGUGUGUUCAAUAAAAACAUGGCAACAUUUCAUUCUUUGUGUGUUAUUAGUUUAAGCAGACUGUGAUUGUCUAUUGUUGACCAAUUUGUGCAGAAAUCCAUAUCAUUCCAAAGGGUUCACAUACUUUUUCUUGCAACUGUAAUUAAGAUGGUUAACAUUACUCGACAGAAGCUACCAAGCGUCCCUAGGUGUAAUCCGUUAAUGAAAACAAAUAAUAUUCUAUAUUUGUGAUAUAUGAUGCAUUCAAUGUAUGUGGGCGUGAUUUAAGGCAAGUUAUUUUUUCAUAACCGGUUCACUUUAAAUUUGGGACUAAAGAAAGUAUUUAGGUUCUGGGAGGGGCUAAAUGUAGGGUUGGGGAAAAGGGUUAUGCAUCACUUAGUGCUAUCCCUGCCUUCCUGUUUAUUCUCACUGUGGCAAAACCAGCCACUUCAGAAUGUAUUUUUAUGUGUGUGAUACUAUCCCUUUAAAGACUGUUAGAACCAAGCUGAUAACUGUAUAUGUAUAUUGUGCGAACGAGAGCAUUAGUAUGCUGGCGGCAAAAAAGCCACCAGCAUUCAUACAAUAGUUUCACGAACAGUGAAUUUCAACACUGUUCGUGAAACGAACUAACUACCCAAUGGGAGACCACACACAGUAGGUCCUUCGGUAAUUAUUGCGAUUCAGGGUGGCCGCCGUUCGGCUACCGACCACGCAGCGGUCGGCCAUCUUGGAUCCUUUGUUAGCCCAGCCGUAUUUGGUGGUCGAGCACAUAGAACUAAAAUUGGCUACUCGACGGCACGAAUACCGCUGCACUUCCAGGCCGUUCGGGAGCACCGGUCCUUCAGUAGUUUGUUCCCCGAUAUGCAUUCGGUACUUUAAGGUGAAUGUAAAAUAAUAUGUAUUUUCGUGCGGCGUUCGGUUAUUUAUGCUGGGAUCUGAGCGGUACUUUCACGAAAGGUGUGCUCAGACUCCAGCUAUCUGCCGAACGGUCAUUCGGUAAAAUAACGUGAAUAAUGUGAAAGUUCUGUAAUUUUGUGUAAAAUGUCAGUUCUGCUGCACGGAGGGAUAAUCCACUUAACUGGGUAUUCUAGUGGGAGUAUCCCUCUCGUGCAGCUGUGCAUGAUGGGAGAAAUGUCCGGGUUAUUAAGUCCCCCAUGUAGUCCCCUACUGUACAACCCCUGGAAUGUCAGUAAGAAAACCCCUUGCAUGGGGAAUCCCAUAAAUACUGUGACUUGUGAUUAAAAGCUCAGUUGACUCCCAGCCUAUGUGUCGUCUAGUUCUUGGGAAGGAAGCAUCUAUACACCGCUACCGGGAUUACUGUAUGCUGUACUUAUUUUGCCUGGAAUAUUUUAUGCUGUUCCUGUUACCCAGCGGAGAUAUCGUGGAUUAUACUACCUCUCCGCUACACUCACAUACAGACAUGGGAGGAGCUGGGACAGCACUCCGUUUUACACCCGCCAUGGCUGUUUAUGCAACUCUAUCAAAGAUAUGCGGCUGAGUGGAUUACAGAGGACACAGGCUAAUGGUACUUGUCUAACUCCCCAAGUUCACUCAAGCGCCAAAAGGGUACAUUAUUAAUGUUAUAAACAGGGAUCUGCUCAAGAGACCCUGUGUAGUGUUUAUGGUGCCAGUAGCUCCCUGGUGCUCUUUUAGUUUGACUCUUACCUUGGUCCUGCUGCUAGCAGGAAAAGCCUUUUGACGAUAGAAGCAUUCAUUAAUUUGUGGUGAGUUUCAAAUUCAAUGAGUAGCUGUAGUGAGCAAACUGGCAUCAGGCUUAUACAGCUCUAAGAGGAACAGGUUAAAAAAAAUGCACAUUAAUAGUUGUGCCAAUGUAAUACGUUAACUAAGAGCUAAUUGCACAAGUCUUGUUAUAGGUGUCUUAAACCCUUGCAUAGUCUUUUUGUAACAUAUGCAGCCAUCUCACAAAAGCGUUUGGAGGACCCAGAAUAGCUUGGAAAUCUCAGCCGUUUGUUUAUUUUCUUUUUUUUCUUUUGCAGACGCAUACCUCCUCUAAGUAUGACUAUUUUGGGGGUAUGGUGCAUUUUUGGUAUCCAACUAUUGUAUGGUUUGGUUUGUAUGAGUGAAUUAAAGUCUCUGCAAAAAUCGCAGUUCUAGAAACAGAACAUCCUAUGUAUAUUGUAUUAAAAGAGAGUGAGACAACUCCAACUUAAAAGUGGGCAAUUAACUAAUAUUCAAUGUACAAUCGUACAUUCUAGUUUGGAAUUCUUUCCAUUGCCAUAUAUGUUAAGGGUUGUCUUCUUUUUCAUAGGUGAGAAGGUGAAACAGGCAGAUGUUGUCUUGCUAGGUUAUCCCAUGAUGUUUCAAAUGACCACUGAGCAACGCAAAAAUGACCUCGAAAUAUACGAAUCCGUAACUGAUGUUGAUGGUCCUGCAAUGACUUGGGUAAUGGUACUUGAUUGAUGUUUCUUGGAUUACUAUAAUCUGACUAAAGAGUUUACUUAUACUUUUAUGUAACACAUCUAGUUUUUAAAAUAAAAUUUUAGCAAUCACGUAUGUCCUACACAAAUAUAAACAGACCUCAGUAAUAAAUUGUGAGCGCUUAAAUCUGCUGUAGUAAUAUAAUAUAUAAAAGAGGUAAAUGCAUAAAAGGAACAAUAUAGUGCCAGGAAUACAAACAUUUUAUUCCUGACACUAUGGCCCUGAAGUGGCUGUUUAGGUGGCCAGUUCCUCUUUUGAACUCUUUACUCCUUCGCUGUGUCGGUCAUGCUGUGGCUGGCUUCUAUGGUUAAUAUGACGGGGCUCCAAUACUACGCCAGAGUACCUCUGCCCAGUCCUCUUCCUAGCCACUUUCAGAGCACCCUGGAAUGCUUCAGCCCCAGUCGCUGAAGCUGGACUGGGCUCUCUCAGGAGCUCUUCCACCCAUCCAGACUGUAGUUCUCUCCUUCCAGACAGGUAUCGUUCCCUCUGGGUUUUUCUCUUCAGCUCCUUUCUCAGGCAGAGAUGUAUAGUAUUACAUGUGUUUUCUUGUACUAUGGGAGAUAAUUGUGUUAUCGUGUCUGUGUGUAUAAGAGGAGAAAAUAAUUAGUUUAUUAUUCAAUAGCUAUUGUGCAAUGCGUCUUGGUGUUAGGCAAUUAUGUCUUGGACACCAAGACUCCAGUGAGUGACUUGUAUUGUUCUGUUUGAUGACCCCAUGUUGUGAUUUCUCCUAUAUAAACCUGUGUUGUGUUUAAUAAAAUCAGUUCUACUUCACCCUUCACUAAAUCUCGACUAGUGUUUUGGGUGAGACUGCUAUACAAUUAUAUCACUGUGUACUGAUCCAGGGUGUAAAAGUUCCAUGAAGACACCAGUCAAGCUGGGGCAGAAGCAUUCCAGGUUUUCCAAUGUGGCUGCUAGGAAGCAAGCUUGGCGGAGGUACCCAGUCCGUGUACAAUGGGCUUCGUCACAAGAAAACUAACAUACUAAGCUAUAUUUUUACUCAGGACUAGCCCAAAUUUGCAUAAAAUUAAACUUGCUAUGACAACUCAACAAAUAGCCAAAUCAUAUCGGAAACUAUACAGGAACUUAUAACAUAUUUAUAAAGGGCUGUGGAAGACAAUAACUAACAUGAAAUAUCUCCCCUGCCUAUAGAUUUCUUAAUAUGCAAGUUAAAAAGUUUUGCUAUUAAGGUAGUGCAUAUAGGGAUUUCAAAACCUGUACAACAGAUGGCACUGUACAGGCUCCACAGCCAAAUCCACCCAGUUGAUUCAUAGCAGCAGCAGGAAGGAGAGCACACAAAACAUUUAACCAUAAACAACCACAUUACACACACUCUGCACCCACAAUGGGCACAGGGUGACUUAAACAUAGGAGUCAUCCAGGGACCUAAUUAAAUUGUCGAUCUUAAGCUCCUGGUGAUGGUGACUACUGUCACAACUGCGAUCAUCAUAGGAAACGCAUUGUGAAGCAAAAUACAGCAUCUUUAUGGGGAACAUUCAGUGUCUCCAUGCUCUGCAUGGACUAGGAAGCAUCUUGAGUGGCCAUCUGACUGAUGGCAGCAAUAUAAACACUGCCUGAUCUCUGAAAAGGUAGUGUUUACACUGAAAAGCCUGCAGGGACAGGCUAUAAAAACCAGAACCACUGUAUUAAGCUGUCAUGGCUCUGCUAACUAUAAUGUCCCUUUAAUGUUUCUUAAACCAGUCUUCUAGAAUCACGAACAGCCCAGAUUUUAUGGCUAGCUGUUUAAAUACAGUGUGAUCUUAAAGGCACCCAGACCAUUUCAUUUGAAUGAAGUGGUUUUAGUGCAGCGCCCCUGUCAUUUGCAAAACCUCAAUGUAAAACAUUUAGGUUUUGUUCAAUCAGCAAGGUUUUCUUUAAAGGUUUAACAUACCUCCAGUGACUGUCUUCCUUACAGCCACUAGAGCUGAUUUUCAUCUGCCAUAAUCGGUUAUUUAAUUGGCUGCUUCUCAGCUGUGAGGAUUGGUGAUCUCAAGCGAAGAGGCCGGGUGGCCAUGGUGAGACCAGUGUACCACAGUCUACAUGGUGGGUAAAUCUUACCUUUCAAACACUCAAUUGGGAGGGGCAGACACCUAAAUAAGCAGAGUAACACUAUAGCGUUUGGAAUGCAUGUUUGUAUUCCUACCGCUUUAGUGUUCCUUUUAAACAUGUGUAGAACUUAAGCAGAUUUGAACUACAGGUACUGCAGUAGCUUUGAAAGCUACAUUGAUUUGAUCUUUGUAUGAGUUUAUCAUUUCUAAUAAUAAAUUUAUAACAUGAUUUUGGAAUUUCAAUUUUUAUUGUGGUACACCACUAUGUGAGUGAACAGAAUCAUCCUCAGAACCUCCCCUUUUAGUGCUCCUUUAAAAGAUAAAACUCCUGAACUCUCUUUCUAUGCAGAGCAUGUUUGCAAUCGGCUGGAUGGAAUUAAAGAAAGCACAGGUGGCGCAGGAGCAACUGAAGAAAUGCUUUGCAAACAUCACAGAACCUUUUAAGGUGAGAAUUGUUGUUGGAUCUUUAGUCUUUCCGUAAUAGAAUCAAAUGAUUAAAUAUGGUCCUGCAGUGACAGUACAAGUUCCCCUUUUUUUUCUUCCUUGAACAGCUAUACGACUGAAUCACAAAACAAACGACUCUCUCACAAUGCAUGAACAUUUUUAUUUUGAUUUGUAAUUCAAAAUGCUGUUCCUGGUGCCAGGAAAAAAGAGGAGUGAAAUGGAGAAUAAGCAGUUUUUUGGUUUUUUUGGGGGGAGGGCAAAUAAAUAGCUUUUGUUUUUCCAUAAUGGACAAGAGGUCUGUCCAAUCAUGUGGAUCGUAUCUCCUGUCCAAUUAAGAGAUUAAAACAAAAAUGUUGAUUUUUAAACUACUAUCAUUGAUACAGCCAAACAAUGUUGAUUUUAUACACCUAUCAAGUGACAACAUAACAACAGAGGAGAAAAGGAGGAGCAGUUAAACAAUAUAUACUUCCAAGGAGGAUUCCUCCUGACACUCUGACUGUUGGCAGUUAUUGAGGGAGACAGAUCAGCAGUGAUUGUGUGACGAGCUACUGCUAGCUAGGUAAAACAGUGUUUAGGUUACUGCUUUGUCUACUACUAUUAGCCACUGGCACUUAACACCAACUUGGAAUCAGCAACUUACAGUUUGAUAGUUUUUAUUUUUGUUUAGUAUUUGUUAAAUUAAAAUCUUUUGUUUUUUUGUUGGGUGGUAAGGGGGUAUGUAGUCCUAUAAAAAAAAAAAAUAUAUAUAUAUAUAUGUGUGUGUGUGUGUGUGUGUGUGUUUUUUUUAAUUUUAUAUAUUUAUAUAGUUCCUCUGGCCUAGCUACUGCAUAGUGGCACUCACACACAUGUUGAGUUGAACAUAGCCUUCUUGUCAGGAUGACAUAUGACCCAACAGGCAGAAUUAAGUAGAAAUGAAAGAAACAAAGAAAUGUAUCACCGGGCCUUAGAAUUUAAUACAAAAGAGAAUGGUCAGGGACACAAAGACAUAAUAAUGAGGAUACAAAUCAAAAGGUCAAGAAUAUCAGAAUACAGAAUAGUCAAAAACAAGUCAAAGUCAAAAUACCAGUAGGGAAAGCAAGAUGAAAACGCUCUCUAAUAACCACAAGUGAACACCAUGACGGAACUGAAGGAUACGUGAAAUAAGAUUAAAUACCUUACUGUUGGCAGUGAUAGGCAGGUUCUGGUCACUUGACGUCAGAAUGUGCUUGCAUGAUGACGCACGGAUGUCUGUCAUUUUCCAGACUGUCCCUUUAACUAUUCUAAGUGCGCAGCGGCCAGCCUAUGUUAGUGAGGGAAGAUUCAGAACAAGAAAGUACUAUGGCAGCAAGUCCACUGGUGCUCUAUUUGAUUCUGUGCAGUUGUUACCGCCUACCACCAGCAGCAGUACCAUCCCUAUUACUAACACCACCCUUUGACAAAGCAGAUGUGAAGGAUAGUGAUCGUUGAAAGAGGCAGGUCAGACAGGAACAGUUAAAAUCUCAUCAUCAGGUGAAUUAAAAAACAAAAAAAAAUUAAGAAAAGUCCCUCUUGUGCCUAGCUGCUACAAGUAGUAGUGUUACUGACAGUGUUCUGCAUUAUUGAGGAUGAAGAAUCACUUAUUUUCUCUGAAGACAAAUGCUCAGUAUGCUGGACAUAGUGGAGGAGGUCCAAUCUUACUAGCAACCACACUUCUUUGUUGCAGGAGAAUUGCUGGGUAUUUCCAUUGUAGUUUGAAGGCUAGCCAUCACUUAAGGCAAGAUAAAAGAGGGCUUCCCAUACACAAGCUAUAACUGAAUGUAAGCAUAUGGUGGUUUGGACAUGCUGGGAAGAAUUUUGGAACCACAGAGGGCAAACCAUAGUCAAUCUUUAGACCACUCACAUGAAUGAGAAAGGAAAGUAAAACUAGGAUUGGUUAGACUAAAAACAAAAGCAGGAAGGGAUUUACAAGAGGAUACGUGUGUAGCUGACUGCCUCAAUUAAUAUUUUUGUUUGGUAUUUACAGAUAAAAAUGAAGGAAAGGGACAUCAAUUAGGAAAUAAGACAGUCAUUUGUUACAUGUGAGUUUACAGAGGAAGAGGUUCUAUUUCAACCAUCAAAAGUAAAGACAAGUUGAUGGGACCUGAUGGAAUACACAUUAAUAUAACUUAGUGGUGUACUAGCAAAACCGUUACCUGAUUUAUUUAACCAAUCCUUGUUAACAGGAGUAGUCCCAGUAGAUUGGAAAUUUUGCGAAUGUUGUGCCAAUUCACAAGAAAGAUAAAAGGAGUCAGACAACUAUGGGCCAGUAAGGUUACUCCGUAGUGGGGAAAGUGAUGGAAUCCAUGAUAAAGGAUAGGAUUAUUGAACAUCUAAAAUCACAGGGAUUUUAAGAUCAGAGACAACAUGGGCUUAUUUCAGGGAGAUCAUGUCAAACUAAUCUUAGAUUGGGUUCUACUUUUGGCCAGCAAAUUAACUGGUUGAGUGGUCGAGGCAUACCGGGUGGUUCCAGACGAAGACCUCAGAGACUAUACUCAGGUAAAAGAGAUCAUUUUGGCUCGGUAUGCAAUUACUCAGGAGGCCUGGCGACAGCAAUUUCAGGAGCUAAGAAAAAACUCCAAAUGGGCCUGGAAUUGCUUCAACAUCCUAGAGCAAUUCUACAAUGUAUUGGCCUCGGAGAUCCAGGAGUGGGUACAGUAUUAAAUCCCCACCAUCCUCAUUGAAGCAGCCAGGUGGUCUGAUGAAUAUCAGGAUGUCCGCUGUCAUCAAUGACCUCAGCCCAGAGUGUUUCCUCAAAAAACACCACCGAACGCAGGACCACCAAUUCUGCAGCGGUAUAGAGGUAUAGUUAACCCUGUGCCUCCCUGGAUUCAACCACGAGCUGGGGUACAGUGCCACCAAUGCCAGCGAUUGAGGCAUAUGAAAUGCGAAUGCACCCAAGGUAGAAACAGAUCCCAGUGGAUUUGGCCUGGAUCACUCCCCAAACCUCCCGAGAGGCCACUCACUGCUAUCAUGCUGAGACAUACCCAGUUAUUUUGGCUCCUAAAAAAAUACGAAAAAGAACUGGGGUGUGAUGCACGAGGCUGACCCCGUUCAAGCUGCCGCAGACAACCGCCAGCAUCACCGGCACUCAGUUUGCCUCAAUGAGAAAUUUGUACAAGGUCUCCUGGACACUGUAGCCACUUUGACCCUGGUAAAGAGACAUAUGGUACCAGACUGUGCCAGAAUAGGAGGUUCAGUAGCCAUUCGGGUGGCAGGGGAAGCAGUUUAUAGCCUGCCUACCGCAAAAGUACAUUUGAAUUGGGGUGCGGGAGCAGGGAUGGUGAAUGUGGGGCUGAUGCAGGAGUUACCUACAUUUUGUUGAACGACUUGGGACAGCUUACCUCUGUUUUUGUUCACCAACCGAUGACAGAGGAGAUGUACCUUCUAACCACCAGGCAACAGCCUCACACCAUGGACCAGCGCUCACACUUUGAGGCUCAGGUAGGAGUUAUUACCCAACCGUUAGAAUGGUGGGAUGCGCCUGCUGAGUUUGGGAGGGGGGUAGUCACUGACACCACGCUCCAAUUAAAAAGGGAUCCAGUCAUCUCCAGUCUAGAGGGAGAAAGGAUAGUGGCUGGGUCAAUACUGAUCCCCUCUAAGCAGCUAGUUAUCCCGCAGAAGUAUAGACAGGAGUACAUGGUUCAACAGGGGAGCUAGGGACCGCAGCUUCUAAGUAGGACAGAAGGUUUUGAUUUUAAUAUCAAUCCGCAAAGACAAGCUGCAGGCUGGCUGGUAGAUCCCAUAUCAGGUGGUAUAAUAAAAGUGCGAUACCACCUAUGUGAUUGUCCUUGCUCUUGUGCCGGGGGGAGAUGCAUGCUCCGUGUGAAUAUGUUCAUGUCAGGAUUACAGAAUGAUCCAGCACGUAGAAUUGUGUAACACAGAGGACUGAUAGGUAACGUAUACCGGACAUUAGAAUGGCUGGACUAACGUACCAAAGAAUAGUCAGGAAUAGCCGAGGUCAAGGGAAACAGAAAGAGACACAACGAUAAGGAAAAGCCAGGAGUCAGGGAUGCCCGAAAACAGGGAAGUCAAAAACAAUGACCAUAAUUACCAGAAUCAAUAACGCGCUCUCGGACAACCACAAGGGAAACCACGACAGGGCACUGAGCAGGAUGGGAACUGGGCCUAAAUACCCCUCCUCUAGAUCUGAUAGGCUGUAACUGGCCUUUGACCCCAGAGGCAGUUACCAGGUUCCCAUUUGCAUAAUUGCUGCUUAGCAUUAACCCUUCUGUGGAUUUGGUUGCUGCUCGGCACAACUUUUCCUGUGUGGACAGUAAAUGUCAUUAACCACAUUUUUAUAAGCGGAUGAAUACGUGACAGUUCAAACACUACCAUGAGGACAGAGGAAGUGGUGGUGAUCUGCACCCCAGAACAACCUUCUUAAGCACCAUCCCAGGAACUAAAAACAGCCCUUGUAAAUGUCUCUGUACUGGCUGCUUCCAAUCCCAUUAAAUGUUUUCUUUUCCACACAAACACUUCUAUGUUUGGAUUGGGAGCAGUACUGAGUCAAAUCGGAGGCGAUGGUAAAGAGCAUCCUGUAGCUUACCUGAGCAGAAAACUCCUACUCAGGGAGGUAAGCUAUGCUACCAUUGAGAAGGAAUAUCUGGCCGUGGGGUGGACCCUAAAGAACCUCCAUCACUACUUGUAUGGACAACCAUUUUCAUUACUCACGGAUCACAACCCAUUGGUCUGGCUAAAAAAUGUGUGGCGGGGGACAAUGCCCAGCUGCUGCGCUGGAGUCUGGAGCUGAAGCACUAUAACUUCACUAUCGCCCUGGAAAUCAGAACAUCAAUGCCGAUGGGUUGUCUCAACAAACUCAACUGGAAAAGUGACCCGUGAGUCUCCCCAGACAUCCCCAAGCUGAUCUGUUGGGAUCAGACUGUGUAUGCUGGCUUGUGUUAAAUGGGAGCUGUGUGGCGGACCCUAUCCUUGUACCUGUAUCUUUUCCCCGAAAGAGCUAUUCACUAUCCCCCUGUUUCAGUACAUUCCCUACUCCUAAACGUUAACUGCUGAAAACGCCUCUUCGCAGUCAUUUGGCUAAAAAAACUCCUGAAAGGUCUCAAGCAGUACUUGGCCGCAAACCCUCUGGAACUAACCAACACUGCCACUGCAACUCGUGGCUCCUGGUAAACUUGAUCCACGGUUUUACUCCACUUGCCGGCUUUCCAAUUCGAGCAAUCGCUCCCUGAAAACCAGGGGAGCCCUCUUUCGUUGGAUCGAAGGACCUCCCACUAUUUGACCGGCCCUAGCCAUAAUUACGCAGGAACUGUUUUGGGCUUAGACCUCUUGUGCGGCUGGUCAAGACUUUAUCCUGGUGGAGAUUGGGCAAUUGUUCCUGGGUCCAGGUGCUAUUUGGAGAUGUAUAAUAUGUGGGGUUCCUCUGUGUAUUUACUAUGUUUUGAGGUGUUUUUAUGUUAGGCACUCUGUAUCCAGGAGAUAAUUAGUUUAGCAGACAGCAAUUCAAUUAUUUCCCAGAUACAGAGGCGCCUGAAUGGGCACUGAAUAUACUGAAUGCUGGAUUCGGCUUAAUAAAAACAGUUGUACUCCCAGAACUGUGUCUAGUUACUUGGGGUAAUAGAGCUAUUCACUAAAGAGCGCUUCUUCCAGCUUCGAGGAUAUUCGGCGGAGAUACCCAGUGGGGGUAUUGGAGUUCUACUAAAUUCAUCUAAAUAAAUUACUCCUGCUAUUCCUCUUUUUUAAAAUGCCUCUCAUUGUAGUGGUUUCAUCCUACUUGAUUGAGUCUUGCAUGUCUGCUACCUAGGGCACUUUUUUUUUUUUUUUUUACACUGAAGGACGAUCUCUCACUCUACAGACUGGAUGCAAAGGAAACCUUUGUUCUUCUAAGGGUGGAGUUGGUGAGUGGGUCGUCAAUUUCCCACUGAAUUUUUAACUUUAAGUUUUUGAGAAAUCCCAUUUCAAAACUUAGAAGACUCCUGGCACUUAUUUUUAUUUAAUACAAGAUAGCAAAAAGGAAAAUAUUACAAUCAAUCAAUCACUAGAAAAUUAGUUUGUUUACUUUAUAUUUAUUUUUAUUAUUUAUUUAUUUUUAAAUUCAGGUAUAUAAUGUAAUUUUACAAACUCAGAAUUGGAAUUGCAAAGAUGUCUAGCUAUAGGCAUUUACACAAUAUUGUAGCUAUUUUUGCAUUGCAGCACACUAAAAAUUGCCUUUUUACCUACUUUUUUGGCUGGCAAAAUGUUUUUUCACAAACAAAAUUUGCCAAAACACCAAAACAGGCAAAAUUCUGUCAAUUUGAUGAAUGUAUUGGAAUGACUAAAUUUUUCCGCCAUGCACAAGUCUAAUUAAUGUACUGAUAUCCUAUGUGUCUGCCUAUGCUGAAUGCAUAUGUACUAUUUGUUCUAGAUAUGGACUGAGAAUGCAGAUGGCUCCGGAGCUGUAAACUUUCUCACAGGGAUAGGAGGAUUUCUGCAGGCAAUACUUUUUGGAUACACCGGAUUUCGG